AAACCUAGGAAACCCUAAUUUCUGGGCGAUAUGGAGGUCGUGGAAUUCGUCGAUCCGGCGAGGCGCCGGGGCAGCCGCGACGAUCACAGGAGGAAUCGCAAGCUUUUCAUGUCGUCCAAAGCGACGGAUGUGCUCAAGGAGGCCCCUUCUUCCAAGAGGCCUCCCACGCAAGAUGGAAACGAGGAGUUCUUCCUUCGAGAUUUCGAUCUGAGCAGCAUCUUUCGGGGAGUGGAGAGGAUUGUUGGGAAUUCACAUCUCAACUGGAAACAGAAGAAGAAACUGGAACAGGAAAGAGCAGAGACACUAGGAGCCAAGCCUGUCAAAAAGUUCAAAGUCCCGAUCGAAGAAGCAAAGAAAAUCCAGAGGAAAAGACAACGAGAAGAGGCUAGCAAACCCGAUCUAGAAAUUCCGAGGAAGAAGAAAGCUCUCAAACGUAAGAACAAAAGAGAGAAGAAAAGAUAAGCUCUUUCAAAGUUUUGCAACUCACUACUUGUAGACUAUCCAAUUACGAGGAAUCAAACUCAGUCUCGUCGGCA